GAAGUGUCUGCAGCAGCUAGGCGGUGCUAACCGCUAAGCUCUAAAUGCUACUCCACUAAUCCUUCAGCGGAAAGCAGGAACACAGCCGCUGCUGGGCUGCUGCACUCACCUGGAAUAAGCUUAAUUGCUGAAGAGGACCCUCUAAUGUGAUGUUUUCUCUGAACUUGCCAUCCAAGGACGGAUGCUGCUUGUGCUGCCGGUCGAUAUCCAUUCACAAUGCCACCGAGAAAAGGAUAGCAGUUGUUUCAUUUUAAUUCUUGAAGCUGCUUUGGGGCUGAAGCUUGAUUUAUAGAAAAGCUGCUGUGACUUUUAGCCAAAUUGUUUCCUUCUUUUUCUAUUUGCAGCACAACUGCUCUGUGGGCAAAUUGUUAUGGCAUACUGAGCCGUUUGAGCAAAAGGGUGCUGACUCUGACCGUGCAGGAGGAUUAAAGUUUGCUAUGGAAGUGGGGGGGGGACAGGACCAAGAAAGCAUGUCUACAAUAACAACAACAAUCAUGCUGCAGGGACACUAGUCUCACUUUUUGUGCCCCAACUGUGAAUACCCCUUUUUUUUUUUUUUCUUUGCGUCUCCUCCAAUCUCAUCGGUUUAGAUGGUUGAGCACAAGGGCCACUUUGAAGAAGACCACCGGUGGUUGUGCCUUGGCCAGAGCUGACAGAGUUUUUGCCAGUGAUUGCUGCUUUAGAAGCUCCUCCACAGCCUCUGCUGCAGCAGCCUCCUGUCACUGUGAUCUCCAGUACGAAAACGACACACAUCCAUUCAAGGACAUUGUUUUAUUUAAUUCCUGAGACUAAAAAGAGCGCUUCAGAGGAGGAUGAAGCUGAGGAAACAAGUGACAGUGUGUGGAGGGGCCAUAUUUUGUGUGGCUGUGUUCUCACUCUAUCUGAUGUUGGACCGAGUCCAGCAUGACCCUGCGAGGCGACAGAAUGGAGGAAACUUUCCACGGAGCCAAAUAUCAGUCCUUCAGAAUCGCAUAGAGCAGCUGGAGCAGCUCCUGGAGGAAAACCACCAAAUAAUCAGCCACAUAAAGGACUCUGUGAUGGAGCUCACAGACACAGGAGCUGUGUCUCCCAGCGGCCACCUGCCGUUCAGAAGCGCUAACGGUUCCUGGGUCCUACCAUUCGACGGUCGACCAACCUUUCUUGCAGUGAAGCCUCAGGAUUGCCAGUUUGCUGUUGGCAGCCGUACUCAAACAGAUGUACAGAUGCUGGAUGUGUACUCGCUUCUCAAGUUUGACAACCCUGAUGGAGGCGUGUGGAAACAGGGCUUUGAUAUCACUUAUGAACCUGAUGAGUGGGACAAUGAACCUCUGCAAGUAUUUGUGGUUCCUCACUCUCACAAUGAUCCAGGUUGGAUCAAGACUUUUGACAAGUACUUCACAGACCAGACGCAGCAUAUUUUAAACAACAUGGUGGUGAAGCUGGCCGAGGAUCCUCGCAGGAAGUUCAUCUGGUCAGAGAUUUCUUUCUUCUCCAAGUGGUGGGAGACUGCAGACGUCUACAAACAGGAGGCCAUGAGGAAACUGAUCCUUGGAGGACAGCUAGAGAUUGUGACAGGAGGCUGGGUGAUGACAGAUGAAGCCAACGUUCACUACUUUGCUAUGAUAGAUCAGCUCAUUGAAGGGCAUCAGUGGUUGGAGAGAAAUCUGGGUGUAACUCCUCGAAGCGGGUGGGCCGUGGACCCCUUCGGCCACAGUGCCACCAUGGCCUAUCUGCUGAAGAGGGCCAACCUGACCAGCAUGCUAAUCCAAAGGGUCCACUACUCCAUUAAAAAACACUUUGCAUCCACCAGAAGCCUGGAGUUUAUGUGGAGGCAGGCGUGGGACACUGGAUCCAGUACAGACAUGUUUUGCCACAUGAUGCCCUUCUAUAGCUACGACGUGCCUCACACCUGCGGGCCUGAUCCCAAGAUCUGCUGCCAGUUUGACUUCAAGAGGUUACCAGGAGGUCGGAUCAACUGUCCCUGGAAAGUGCCUCCCAAAUCUGUGGUAGAGGCCAACGUAGCAGAAAGAGCACAGUUGCUUCUUGAUCAAUACCGGAAAAAGUCUAAACUGUACCGCAGCAAGGUGCUGCUGGUCCCCCUAGGAGAUGACUUUCGCUACGACAAGGCCCUGGAGUGGGAUCAGCAGUAUAUCAAUUACCAGAAGCUUUUCGAUUACAUGAACUCUCAGCCCGAGCUUCAUGUUCAGGCUCAAUUUGGGACUCUCUCCGAUUACUUCGAUGCUCUCUACAAAGCCUAUGGAGUUCCCCAGGGAUCCAGACCCAGUGACUUUCCUGUGCUCAGUGGGGAUUUCUUUGCCUAUGCAGACCGUGAGGAUCACUACUGGACCGGUUAUUUCACCUCUAGACCCUUUUAUAAAAGCUUGGACCGUGUGAUUGAGUCCCAUCUCAGAGGGGCAGAGAUUCUGUACAGUCUGGCGGUUGCAAACGCUCGUCAUGCUGGUAUGGAGGGACGCUAUCCGGUGACUGAUUACGCCCUGCUGGUGGAUGCAAGACGGUCGGUCGGCCUCUUCCAGCAUCAUGAUGCCAUUACUGGCACUGCGAAGGAAAAUGUGGUAAUCGACUAUGGCACCAAAUUGCUGCGUGCACUCAUCGGUCUGAAGAGAGUUAUUAUCAAUGCUGCUCAUUUCCUAGUGAUGAAGAACAAAGAGUUCUAUCGUUUUUACCAGACAGAGCCCUUCCUGGAGACGGAUGACAGACGUGCGACUCAGGACUCUCAGCCUCAGCAGACCUUAAUCGAGCUGGACCCAGCAGGACCAAGAUACUUGGUUCUGUUCAACCCCAUUGAGCAGGAGCGACUCUGCGCAGUCACAGUGUUGGUGAACACAGUCCGGGUGCGGGUGCUCACUGAGGACGGACAGACUCUCCCUGUGCAGCUGAGCGCUCAGUGGAGCUCUGCUACUCAAAUGAGUGCUGAGGUAUUUGAGGCAACAUUCAUGGUUCGUCUUCCACCCCUCGGUUUGGCUGUUUUCCACCUUUAUGACUCGGCUGACUCGCCCAUGACGAUUCGCUCUGACACCCUGCUGAGGCUGUCGGGACGUGGCGUCUCUGCUCGGGCUUUGGACCCUCUUCCUGUCCGCUCUCAGCCGGCUGACUCUCAGACCUUUUAUAUUAGUACUCAGACUCUGACUCUGGGUUUCUCUGGAAUCACUGGCCUUCUGGAGAGCAUCAAGCGUAAAGAUGAUCCAGAGGAGGUUAAGGUUCAGAUGCAGUUCAUAAUCUACGGCACACGUCUGUCAAAAGACAAAAGUGGAGCUUACCUCUUCCUGCCAGAUGGAAAAGCAAAGCCCUACAACCAGAAAGAGCCCCCUGCAGUGCGUGUUGUGGAAGGGCCUCUUUUCUCUGAAGUGGUGGCACAGUACCAGCACUUUGAGCAGACCGUCCGCAUACACAACGUGCCAGGGGUGGAUGGUUUGUCUGUAGACAUCACUACAUUGGUCGAUAUCAGGGAUCAGACCAAUAAGGAGCUGGCCAUGCGACUGGUCACCAACAUCCAGAGUGGAGACGUCUUCUACACAGACCUCAAUGGCUUCCAGAUCCAGCCCCGUCGAUUCUACCAAAAGCUUCCCUUGCAAGCCAACUUUUAUCCGAUGCCCAGCCAGGCGUACAUCCAGGACAGUCAUCACCGCCUCACGCUGCACACGGCUCAGUCUCUCGGUGUCUCCAGCUUGGAGAGCGGUCAGCUGGAAGUGAUUAUGGAUCGGAGACUGAUGCAGGAUGAUAAUCGAGGCCUGGGUCAGGGUCUCAAAGACAACAAGAAGACGGUGAAUCGUUUUCGCUUGCUGUUGGAGAGGAGAUCCAUAAAUAACAAGAUGAUGGACAGCGCAACAACUAGCUUCCCGUCUGUCGUCAGCCACGCAACCAGCGCCCUGCUCAACCACCAGGUCCUGGCGCUUCCUGUUCUGCCCAAAAGACGCGGGGUUCCUCCUCUUCAAACCUUCGCUCCGCUCAAGUCUGCCCUUCCCUGCGACGUCCAUCUGCUUAACCUGCGCACCAUCCAGAGUCAGAAAGACCCCCAGUCGCCGUCUCCUUACACAGCGCUGAUCUUGCACCGCCUGGCGAUGGACUGUGGCUUUGAGGGUCAAAAUCUCGGCUUCAACUGCACCACAACACAGGGACGGCUGGGUGUAUGGAGUCUUUUCAAGAACCUGGACCUGCAGCUGCUCCAGCCCAUGUCCCUGACCCUGAUGCAUUCCAGCAUGCCUUUGGCCAAUGACUCCACCAUCAGCCUGGACCCCAUGGAGAUCUCCGCCUUCAAGCUCAAACUACGCUAAGAGCCAACCACAGUGAAAACAGUGAACACACAUCAGAGUAGCGAGACCAAGAACUGCAGUCUGGGUCUCCCUGAGUUGUUGAGCUGAAUUCGGAGCAACAGGGUCCACUGUAACAGGGCUAACUGGACUGCAGGGGGCAGACAACAGCUGCUCUAGAUCUGAGGGCUGGCAGUACAAACAUGGUGAAUUUGAAGCCGUUUCAUAUCUGGGAAAGACUGCGAGUAUUUCUCAUCAGAUAAAGCUGAGCAUCUGCAAUCAGAUAUAAAAUCUCUGUUGUUCUGCUUUGUAAGCGCUUUCAUUUCUCUCUGUUCUCCUCCUGGACUCAACUAGUGAAUGUAAAUAUCCCGAAUGACUGUGGAGGGGGCUGGGACUGGUGCCACAUCAGAGUGCAAUUUUCAAGCUUUAUUUGCAGUCCAGGCUGAAUAAUUUAAUUUCUUUCUGUUUUAUUUUAAACUGGGGGAAAAAUAUUGAUCAUUAACAUAUCUUUUUUUUUUUUUUGUACCAAUCAGUCUGAUGUAGUUUUUUUUGCUGCAAAUCCUCAAGCUGUUUCCAUGAGUGCCCACCGUUCUCAUUAAUCAUGAAGGACGACUCCUCCCCUCCUGUCCUCAGUAUGUACUUGUAGAUAGUCUGCUGAUUUCCCUCUCCCUCUUUGAAGAUUAGAAAAGUGUGCAGGGUCCCAGAUCGUGUUGACCAUUCUUGAGCUUGUAGCAAACAUAUGCAGUAGAUUAGCCAGGAGACCGUUACCUCAUGUUUACCAAACAGCAGAUAUAUUGGUAUAUAUGUCUAUGGAUGGGGUUACUGUGAAUAUGUGAGGUUGAUCAUUUUUGGGGUGGGAGUACACUCUGUCAGGGACCAGUCAUAACUUUGGGGUCAUUAAUUAAUAUGAAUUAAUAUCAGUGGCAACAUACAUCAAAGGAGCUAGUCUUAAACGCUCCUUUUCCUGAUUUAGAUCAGAUUGAGCACGUAUGAAAAUAGGAACAACUCUUCACACUGUAGAGGCUGUGAUAAGGUUUUUAUCUGGUAUUUGGAAAGAUAUAAUUUUUUUUUUUGAAAAAUUAAAACUUGCAAAAAAACAAAACAAAGAUCUGUAUACUGGAUCUUGUUUACUUUUUUUUAAGGCAUAAGAAAAAACCCAAAAAUAUAAUCAUAGAUUGAUAACUUUCUGCCAGACGAGUCACGGCUCUAUAUGCCUGAAAUGUGACCAUAAAACAGUUUUUACUUUUCUCUAUCAUAAACAUUACAUUACUUUAUUCUUUUAAUAAUCAAAUUGGAUUAAUCGACUCAGAUGAUCAUUGUCAGUAUGUCAUAAAGAUAUUAAACACUGUAAAAGUCUCUGAACAUCUUUUUUCCCAUUAUAUAUAACUAUUCUUCAAAUACCAGGCUUCUGCAGGGUCUAAAGCUUUUUCAUUUCCUUCAAAGAAACCCUAAAUACAAACAGAAAUCCCAAUGUAGGUCAGAACUUACCUUUAAUGCUGUCAAAUUCCCCAAAAAAAGCAGAAACAUGUUGACCAACAUUAAUGAGUCAUCCUUUGACCUUUAGAUGUUAGAGCAUAGAGGUCACAUGUUGGAGCUAAAAACUGCAGUUAUUGGUGCUACCGGUACUUGCCUUUUCACCUUAGCUAAAAUAAAGGAAAAUGGGUAAAUGUUAUGCAAUUUAGAUUAUUGAAUUCCCAUUUGUUAUAAAAAAUUGAAAUACUAUUUUUUUCAGAAGCCAAGAAUUGUAAUGGGAUUUUACAAAUCUGCAGUAAUAAAAAGUCCCAUUUAGAGAGCCGUGACUUGGAGAGGAAUAUACAUUUCUUGAAGCUAUUGGCAGUCUCAGCUCCACGGUGUUCUUUACCCCGAGGCUGGCUGCAGGCGCUGCGUCUGUCUGCCAUUCCCAGCUGAUGGGAAGGAUCCUGUCAUCUCCAUCUAAGGUUGAGGCCAUAAUCCCAGCCGCACUCUGAACUGUGCAGCCAUCUCCCCCCCCCGCCUCACUUUGUCACGUCCCGCAGGGGAUCCGCAGCCUUUCCCCUAACCUUCAGCUGACAGGGCUGCGAGAGGUCAAAGAUGUGGCUGCAAACCUCAUCCCUCCUGCUGUCGCUAACAUCUGUCAAACCAGAUGUCGCCACAUUUCAGUUGCACUUUUUCUGGUGUCUCGAAAAUUAUUUUUGUCUGUAAAUGUCUUUGACUUCUUUUUAAAUGUGCUAUCUGCCAUAGGGCUCAUUUUUUUGUUGAAAUAAUAUAUGAAGUCAACCCUAUUUGCAAAUAAAAGUUAGUGACUUAAGUCUAAAGUGACUGAAU